AUGAAGACGAUAGUGGUACUCUCCGGUAAAGGAGGCGUGGGUAAAUCAUCAGUGACUCUACAGCUUGCUCUUCAGCUCGCCUCUACAAAUGCGCAGGUUGGUGUACUCGACCUGGACAUAACUGGGCCAUCAUUACCGAGAAUGUUUGGCGUGGAGAACUACAAAGUGUUGCAGUCUCACUCUGGUUGGCUGCCUGUCCGUGUGUCUCCGCAGCUACAAGUGAUGAGCAUUGGAUUCCUGCUCUCUGAUAGAGGGAACUCUGUGGUGUGGCGUGGUGCAAAGAAGACUGGAAUGGUUCAGCAGUUCUUGAGAGAUACAUACUGGGGAGAUUUGGACUAUUUGAUCAUUGACACACCACCUGGCACCGGUGACGAACACAUUGCACUGGCAGAGGAGAUUAAGACGGUUGACGGUGCAGUCAUAGUGACAACUCCUCAGAUGGUUGCUAUAAACGACGUGAAGAAGGAGAUAAACUUUUGCCACAAGGUCAAUUUCAAGAUCAUAGGGGUUGUUGAGAACAUGAGCGGUUUCAAAUGUCCCCAUUGUGAUGAAUGUACUGAUGUCUUCAACUCUGGUGGUGGUGAAAAGCUGUGUAAGGAAUUGGGAUUAACUCUGCUGGGCCAAUUGCCCAUAGACCCAGCUUUUGUCGAGACAGUAGAGUCUCAGAAGAUUGUUCAGAUGUACGGAUCGACUUCAAUGAAGAAAGUAUUCGAGCCCGUUGCCAAAGCCGUGGAGGAUAAAGUACAGGCCACUGGUGUGGAACAGCUCUCAACUUGAAAGCCCGUCUUGACUAACUGUCGACUUCACGGUGGCGAUAGUGCAGUCACCUGGGCUCCGGAAGAGAUGGAGACACCCAUGAACUCGUACUUCCAGGCUCUUUCUCUCCCUAUAGACAUGGCUCAUUAAUUUUUGAUGAUUGAUAUAAAGCUCAGUAUACACUCUAGAGAAUAUACGUGUGGUGUACGGAUGUUACAUGACACAUUUCUCGUGGUGUGUUUCUGCUGUAAGCAACACUCUAUGAGCUAAUUCCAUAGCAAUUGGAUAUUUAUACGCCCGUC